CAACAACUGGAUUUCUUUUGAAUCGGAAGCAUUGCAAACAUUAGUAAAAAUAGGAAAAAUUACGCGUGCACAGUGACUUUCUUGGCUGGAUCCCGUUGACUAAUUACUAAAAUUCGGGAAACGCCUUUACAUUUAGUGUCCGGCUCUCAUGCGGAAAAAUACUGUCUACAACUGAUGUGAUAGAGCUGUUUGACGAAACUCGUUACAGAACUCGCCACUCGUCGCUGUUACGUGUCGUAAAUUUUUCGUUUCGUCAAAAAAACCUUUGCGCACCCGUCAGAAAUAGCACUAUUAUUAUACUGAACAAAUGUGUUUGGAUUAGUUUGAAGAGAACAGCUGUUUCAUACAUUUACCAAGGUUAAAGUCCAUACCAUCAUUUGAAAGCGUUUGAAUCAUUUUAGACAAACGUUUCGACUCGAAAAGACUUUUCAGUAAUGUUACGAAAGUACCCACGAAACUAGGCGGAUCAAUUUAUUAUUCUAGAAUGAGAAAAGCGGUCUCUGAGUUCAAGAGUUGAAAAUCAUUUGAUAAGGAAGUAAAUUUUGACCUGUCUACACAUUGAGGUCCGCUGGACAGAAUUAUGCCUAAAACAGCUUGAUAGCGAGAACGAGGAGAGAUAUUGUUGAAAAAGUUUUCAAUGGACCCCACAGAGAGUCGGUGUGGCAGGUGCGUGGAGUAACAGUUGGAAAAUUAGUUUAGAGUGCGCCGCACCUAAGCGAUAAUUGUGUUAUCUGAAACUGGACAAAGCGAGACUAAGUAUUUCAGCUUUUAAGCUCCAAACAGCCGGGUUCUGUACCCGAAGAGAAAUGAUUUCAGUCUAGACUGAGCUGAGACCAGAUAAUGACCAGUAUAUAUACUGAUCAAGGCCUGUCAGGGAGCGUAACACUGCUUUGAUCAAGUUUUUAUCAGAAACCCGUGCUUGGAACUGAUUUCUCAUGCUGACAUAACCUCUAGUACAGUAACACUAGCUUUAUGCUCGCUACGCUCGCUGCCUCAGCUUUUAUGUUAUCCCGCGCUGAAAAGAUUUCCUCCUCAGGUAUAAUGACGCUCGUUACACUGCUGACGUAUAAAUAACUAAGGGAGUGUCCACACGAGAUCCGUGCCUCUCUCCGACCCCGGGUCCGUCCCUGUCCGAGUUUCUGUAUGCGCACACCAUCUCUAUAAUUUCGACUUCAGUGGUGAGUUUCAUAUUGAAUGUGAUAAACGCAUCUAUGAAGUUGCUAUAUCCGUGAUUUAUCGCCUUGUAGGCAUCCGUUAUAUAUUUUGCAAUUUAAUAAAACUAAAAGUACAGAUAAUUAGUUGUAAUUCCGUACGGUAUAAUGGAAAGAAAGAUUACGAACUCACCAACUUACAGAUUAAAUAAAAUUGGAGCUAUAAAUCACGGAUAUAGCAAUUUCAUAGAUGCAUUUCUUGUAUUUAAUAUGAAACUCACCACUGAACUCGAACUUAUAGAGAUGGUAUGCGUAUAUAGAAAUUCGGACAGGGACGGACCCGGGGUCGGAAAGUAGCACGGAUCCCGUGUGGACACUCCCUGAUAUGAUGGUAUAGCCAAUGAAACUGAAAGCUAGGUCGAUCAAGCUUUGUUCUUGGUAAAUAUACGCAGGACGUUACUUUUAUAUUAAUAUCUAAAUCUAAGCUAUAUGUAUGCGGUUACAUCCACAAUUAUUUGUUUAUAUAGUUAAAAAUAUCAUAUCUUUUCUUAGUAAAAGAAUAUCUUUAUAAGCGAUCUAAAUAUAUUUGCAUAUGUAAAUUCAAAAUUUAUAUUUGUUGUAUUAGAUUGCAGAUGAUAAAUUUGUAAUAUCGGGAUGUAGUAUAUUGUAGACAAGAAACAGAAAUUUUGAAAAAUGUACUUACAAUUAUUACAUACGGCCGUAACAGCAGGAGUAGUACGUAUCGUUAAAUUUAUACCUAUUGAGCUGAAUCAGUAUCACACUAGCACUGCCCACUGAGUAUCCAGACAUUAAUUCACGACCCGCCAAGUACAAAAUCAACAUCAAUUAUAAGGAAAAAGGUUAAUUUGAUAUUUUUAUUUCCUGAUGGAACUAUACUUACAACUCACAAGACGCAAACAAAAAUCCAAACGAUAAUGACAUUCAAUAAACGAAAAUUAAUGUUGAUUUUGAUGCAUCCGCACAUCCCAGUAGGUAGCGAAGAGGUGAUAUGGUGACUGCGCACUCAGUCUACUCAGUCACCUGUCACACUUAAAUAUGCAAGCGAUAGUUACUCAUGAUUUUGUGUGUUAUUAAAAACCAUAAUGCUCUAGGUGAGAGUAUUGUGUCUCCAUAAGAUUCACUCAUUUCGUAUUCGUUUCGUAUUCGAAUACGUUUCAAAUUAGCCUCUCAUUUCAACGUGUUUUGUCAAUUAUAAUUAUCAUUCGCAUUGUAUUCGUGACUUUGUUGAUUUUGAUAUAUAAUUUCUAUACACAGAGAAUCGUUAAUUUUAGAAUAUAGUCCAUUUUAAAUAUAUGACAGUUCAUUUCUCCGUAAUCAGUUGAUUUGUGAGCUUCCUAUAGUGAUCAUGUUGGUUUUGUAGAUGGCACUUAUUUUGCGUGCUGACGCGAUUAUUUUCUGACAAGUCUCAAUUAUUGGCUCUGCAUUGCAAUUUUACACAUUUUGUAAAUCGACAUUCAGUUUAUCGUUCAAAAUAAUUGCUGGAAAUAAUCAUUUUAACACUCACAAUGGUAACUAUGGAUGUGGGUGUUCUCCAACCUAUGGUAUUGAGUUAUAAGUGGGAAAUAAAUCAUUUGUCCAUCAAAUCCGCAGCUAUUGAAGAAUGUUUUUUAUCACCUAUAUUUUCGACGAAACUUCAUAAUAAUAACGUAGAAUGGCGUUUACGGCUUUAUCCAAAAAGCAACAAACGUGGACUUGAAAAUUAUUUAUCAAUUUUUGUUGAGUAUCUUGGAGAAAGUGAAGUUAAAGCUCAAAUCACCUUCUCUAUCUUGAAUUUUGAGAAUAAAAGAAUCUUUAAGCGUGUAAUGAAAAACAGAUUAUUCAAUGAGAAAUCAAAAUCAUGGGGUUUUACUAAAUUUAAGAAUUAUAAUUCCAUGUUCUAUGAAGAGAAUAAUGAAUUUGGAAAUGAUACGCUAAAAAUAUUGUGUGAAGUAAAUUUCAACCUUACAGUUGCUAUGGCAGAACCAUUUAUAAUUACUAAAAGCAUUAACUCAGAGAAAAAAGAUGAAGAAUCAAACUACAGAUUAAAAGAAUUUGAUGAUUUUCAAAAGUUAUUAGAGACUGAAGUUUUUAAUGAUGUGACUUUUAUAGUUCAAGAGAAGAAAAUUCUUGCUCACAAAGCUAUUUUAGUUACUCGUAGUCCUGUUUUCCAAGCGAUGUUCUGUAACUACAUUAAUCAGAAACAAGAAAACGUGUUUGAAAUUACUGAUAUCAAAUAUGAGGUCAUGAAAGAAUUACUCAGAUUUAUAUACGUUGGAAAAAUCAAUAACAUUGAUCAGCUUGGUGCUGACCUAUUGAUAGCAGCAGAUAAAUACUCUAUUGAUGGUUUGAAAAUUUUAUGUGGAAAAAUCCUCUAUGAACAACUUACCAAUGUUAACGCCGUGGAAUAUCUCAAUUUAGCUGUGAAUUGCAAUGUUCCUAUAUUGAAAGCACAGAUUAUUGAAUUCAUUGCAAAUAAUUUGGAAGAUAUCGUUGAUAAACCAGAAUUUGAAUUCUUUGGAAAUUUGAAUUCAAAAGUCAUUUGUGAAGUUGUCCGUGCCAUUUCAAGAAAGAGUGUAAAUCAAUGAAAUUUCAGGUAUAUACAAUCAUAUUUAGAAGAUUCUUGUUAAGAUGCAAAAAGUAUUGCCGAAUGUUAAUUAUAUUUUAUUUUUCUCUUCACAGAUUUGUAACAAAUUAUAAUAAUUUAU